AUGAACGAUAACAACGCGCACCUACUUCAAUUCUAUGAUGUGUAUAAAGACAACAGAACCAAAUGGGGAAUCGGAUUAAACAAAUUGAACAUCCAUAUAGAAAACUACAAAUCAAACAGAACGAAAUUAUUUCUUUACGUACUAUGGAACAUCCUCAUUUUUAUAUAUAUGCUUGAGUUUUUCGUGAAUUUAUUUUUCCUCCUUUGUAUCUCACAUGGUAAUCUCGUGAGCACAAGUAUCCUUUCCUUUUCUCUCUUGGAUUCAAUUUUAGUUAUCCUUUUGACAAGCCAAGGAGUACAUGCUUACUCGAAGGACAAGUCGAUAGAAUUACACAAGUGCGCCAAAUAUUUCCAUGUCUUGAGCAUUUGGUGCUCCGUCAAGUUGCUUCUCUACGUCUUCGUGGCGAUUCUAUCCUUUGCUCUCCUCCCCAGCGAGAAGCUCAACCGCCUUUUUUACUUCUAUGGCACCAAGGGGCUUUACUUUAACUACUUCAUAGAGAUAGUCAUAACUGUGAAUGUGGUCAAAGCGGUGCUAACCUUCUUCACGGGCCAAAAGGUCCAGUACAUCUUCAGCUGCAUCAGGACGUCCACCAUCCUGAAGAGCAAAAUUCGCAAAGACCUCGAGAAGCAGUCCUUCCUAUUUGAAGACCACACCUACGGGACAUUCAUGACCGACCUGCGCGAGUGA